GUGAAAUGAUCCAGCACAGUGACACUCUCUUACAAAUUUUGAGACAUUUUAAAAAUUUGAUCCUAUACAAACUGCCCUAAGUUUUUUCCAAAAUCAAAAUAGAGCAUUGGAUUAGCAUUCGGAGUUUUGAGGCCCAAUAUCGUAAAACAAAGUCGUUUCUAAAGCUAGAAAAAGUGUGAACUGAGUGCUCCCCUAGUUAUCCGAUCCUCCCCUAAACCUUCAGCUCUCAUCGCCGCCGCAUCACGUAGCUGAACUCCCGCCGGUCAACACGUCUACCUAACCUUGCUGCCGUCGCUUCAGUUGCUGGAAAUCGUAUACAGAUGGAUGAGGGUUCACAUCACUCGUAAUUUUAAUUUAGCGUUGGAUUGCCGUCGGGUCGUCACUUGUUCGUUUGCAUCUCCUUUAUCACUCCGGGCGGCAGCAGCGGCAAAUUGUUUACUAGUAAAUCUUCGUAGGAAGAAUUACCUGUCUGCUUUAGGUAGGUUUUAUUUUUCGACUGUUGCUUCGGUGCGAGAUUCCUCCCGCGUGAAGACCAUGGGUUCGCAAGCAGCGGCGGAGGUCGAGUGGCCGGCCAACAAAGUAAGAGAUACCUUUGUAAAGUUUUUUGAAGAAAGGAAUCACGUUUACUGGAAAUCAAGUCCUGUGGUUCCUGUCAAUGAUCCCACCCUUCUCUUUGCGAAUGCUGGAAUGAACCAGUUUAAGCCUAUCUUCUUGGGUACUGCUGAUCCUAACACAUCAUUGAGCAAACUGACUCGUGCAUGCAACACUCAAAAGUGCAUUCGCGCUGGUGGGAAGCAUAAUGAUCUCGAUGAUGUUGGCAAAGACACUUAUCAUCAUACCUUCUUUGAGAUGCUUGGUAACUGGUCAUUUGGUGAUUAUUUCAAAGAAGAAGCCAUUGGAUGGGCAUGGGAGCUUCUAACAACGGUUUUUAAGCUACCUACUGAUAGAAUAUAUGCUACUUAUUUUGGUGGUGAUGAAAAACUGGGCCUUCCUGCUGAUAACGAAGCCAGAGAAAUAUGGCUCAAAUAUCUUCCAACCGAAAGAGUUUUGCCUUUUGGUUGUAAAGACAACUUCUGGGAGAUGGGUGACACUGGCCCAUGUGGACCCUGUACUGAAAUACACUUUGAUAGAAUUGGUGGUCGUGAUGCUGCAGAUUUAGUUAACAAUGAUGACCCAACAUUGAUCGAAAUAUGGAAUAAUGUGUUUAUUCAGUUUAACAGGGAAGCUGAUGGAUCCUUGAAACCUCUACCUGCCAAACACGUGGAUACUGGAAUGGGAUUUGAAAGAUUGACUUCAAUUCUUCAGAACAAGCUGAGCAAUUAUGACACUGAUGUCUUUCUACCUAUUUUUGAUGCUAUCCAGAAGUCAACUGGUGCCAGACCAUAUUCUGGCAAAGUGGGGGCAGAUGAUGUGGAUGGAAUUGACAUGGCAUACAGAGUUGUUGCUGAUCACAUCAGAACUCUUUCAUUUGCCAUUGCAGAUGGUUCUUGUCCAGGCAAUGAAGGGCGUGAGUAUGUUUUGCGCCGCAUUCUUCGGCGAGCUGUACGUUAUGGAACAGAAGUAUUGAAAGCACAACAAGGAUUUUUCAAUGGAUUGGUAAAAGUUGUGGUGGAUGUAAUGGGUCAUGUUUUUCCUGAGCUAAAGCAACAAGAGGCGCAUAUCAGGGAGAUUAUAGCAGAAGAGGAAGCAAGCUUUGGGAGGACAUUACUCCAUGGAAUUGAGAAGUUUAAGAAGACUGUUCAAGAUGUCCAGGGAAAGAUAUUUAGUGGACAUGAUGCAUUUCUGUUGUGGGACACUUUUGGAUUUCCAUUGGAUCUAACUCAGUUGAUGGCAGAAGAAAGAGGUUUGACUGUUGAUGUUGAUGGGUUUAAUAUUGCAAUGAAUGAAGCCAGAGAAAGAUCAAGAAACGCCCAGAAUAAGCAAGCUGCUGUUACGAUUGUCAUGGAUGCAGAUGCCACCUCAGCACUCCAUAAGAAAGGGGUUGCUACAACAAAUGACAGUUUCAAAUUUACAUGGUUUAAGGACCAUAAAACUGUGAUAAAAGCCAUUUACACGGGUAGUGAGUAUGUGGAACGUGCUUCUGUUGGUGAUGAUGUUGGUAUAAUUCUUGAAAGCACAAGUUUCUAUGCUGAGCAAGGUGGUCAGAUAUUUGAUACUGGAGUACUUGGAGGCUCAUCUGGAUCAUUUGAAGUUGUGAAUGUUCAAGUUUACGCUGGUUAUGUGAUUCAUCUUGGUAAAAUUAGUGGGAAGUCUGGCACUUUCCAUGUGGGCGAUGAAGUAAUUUGUAAGGUUGACUAUGAAAGGCGUCAGCGCAUUGCUCCCAACCAUACCUGUACACACAUGUUGAAUUUUGCCUUAAGGGAAGUACUUGGAACACAUGUUGACCAGAAAGGAUCAAUUGUUCUUCCUGAAAAACUAAGAUUUGACUUUUCCCAUGGAAAGCCAGUAAAGCCAGAAGAUCUUCGCAAAAUCGAAUCCAUUGUGAAUGAACAAAUUAAAGCCGAACUAGAAGUUUCUGCAAAGGAGGCAAGCCUUGCUGAUGCAAAACGUGUAAACGGAUUACGUGCUGUAUUUGGUGAAGUGUAUCCUGAUCCAGUUAGGAUUGUUGCUAUUGGUCGAAAAGUUGAUGAACUCUUGGCUAAUCCUGAAAAUGAUGAGUGGCAAUCCAUAUCUGCAGAGCUCUGCGGAGGGACGCAUAUUUCAAAUACACGCGAGGCAAAGGCAUUUGCACUUUUAUCUGAAGAGGGAAUUGCAAAGGGGAUUAGGCGAGUUACUGCUGUUACUACAGAAUAUGCUUUUGAGGCUAUCAAAAAAGCAGCUACACUCGAGGAGGAAGUCAAUCAGGCAUCAAAGCUGGAAGGAAGUCUCCUUGAACAGAAAGUAUCAUCUUUGAAUGGUCAAGUAGAGUCUGCAGCUAUUUCAUCAGCAAAGAAGGCUGAUCUAAAGGCAAAAAUCUCCAUCCUACAGAAUCAAGUGAUAAAAAAUAAAAAGAAAAUGGGUGAAGAGAACAUACAGAAAGCUGUUGAAAGUGCGACUAAAGCAGCAGAAGUUGCUUUAUCUGAAGGAAAGGCUUUCUGCAUUUCACAUGUUGAAGUUGGCUCAGACACUGCUGCCAUUCGUGAAGCAGUUGUCAAAGUCAUGGAGCAAAAGGGAAUGGCGGUGAUGGUUUUUAGCACUGAUGAAGUAUCAAAGAAGGCUUUAAUUUGUGCGGGUGUACCAGAAAAAAGUGAUAAAAGUCAGCAUUUGAAGGUGUUGGAGUGGCUCAAGGCGGCACUGCAGCCGCUAGAUGGUAAAGGCGGUGGAGGGAAAGGCGGUCUUGCUCAAGGCCAGGGACCUGAUAUAAAGCAUGUGGAUGAAGCAAUAGAUGUUGCCAAGUCGUUUGCUGCCCUCAAACUCGGCUGAAAAGUAUAACACUUCUCUUCUCGUAUUGUUUUAGUUUUAUGGUUUCCUUAUUUCAAUAUACGAAUCUACAGAAUGGUCUUGAAACUUGAAUCUUCUCUUUCUUUUUCAUAGUUGAAACCAUGUUGGUUUGUGUUAAUAUUUUUCAAAUUAGAAAACCUCUAUUUAUGUGUUUCUUAUAUUGUUAAUUGGUGCUUUUUUUAA